CGGAGAGGACGCGCGCUCCUCCGCUCGCCCUCUAGUGCGGGCGGGCAGGACGGCCCCGCGCUGGGGAGCGGCGGUUGCUCUGGGCCCCCUGAGCUGUGGGCACCAAUCAACGGUUGCCAUAGCAGCGUUUGACGUCAUCGUGCGUGUGGCGCCCCUGCUGCCGGGGCUGGUGAUUGGAGGAAACCCCGUGUCUGCGGAGCGGCUGUAGCCUGUGAGCAGCGAGAUCCAGGGACAGAGUCUCAGCCUCGCCGCUGCCGCCCAGAGACCGCUGAGCCCCGUCCGUCCGUCGCCACCCACUCCGGACACAGAACAUCCAGUCAUGGAUAAAAAUGAGCUGGUGCAGAAGGCCAAACUGGCCGAGCAGGCUGAGCGGUAUGACGACAUGGCGGCCUGCAUGAAGUCUGUAACUGAGCAAGGAGCUGAAUUAUCCAAUGAGGAGAGGAAUCUUCUCUCAGUUGCUUAUAAAAAUGUUGUAGGAGCUCGUAGGUCAUCUUGGAGGGUCGUCUCAAGUAUUGAGCAAAAGACGGAAGGUGCUGAGAAAAAACAGCAGAUGGCUCGAGAAUACAGAGAGAAAAUUGAGACCGAGCUAAGAGAUAUCUGCAAUGAUGUACUGUCUCUUUUGGAAAAGUUCUUGAUCCCCAAUGCUUCACAAGCAGAGAGCAAAGUCUUCUAUUUGAAAAUGAAAGGAGACUACUACCGCUAUUUGGCUGAGGUUGCUGCUGGUGAUGACAAGAAAGGGAUUGUGGAUCAAUCACAGCAAGCAUACCAAGAAGCUUUUGAAAUCAGCAAAAAGGAAAUGCAGCCAACACAUCCUAUCAGAUUGGGUCUGGCCCUUAACUUCUCUGUGUUCUAUUAUGAGAUUCUGAACUCCCCUGAGAAAGCCUGCUCUCUUGCAAAAACAGCAUUUGAUGAAGCCAUUGCUGAACUUGAUACAUUAAGUGAAGAGUCAUACAAAGACAGCACACUAAUAAUGCAGUUACUGAGAGACAACUUGACAUUGUGGACAUCGGAUACCCAAGGAGACGAAGCUGAAGCAGGAGAAGGAGGGGAAAAUUAAAAGGCCUUCCAACUUUUGUCUGCCUCAUUCUAAAAUUUACACAGUAGACCAUUUGUCAUCCAUGCUGUCCCACAAAUAGUUUUUUGUUUACGAUUUAUGACAGGUUUAUGUUACUUCUAUUUGAAUUUCUAUAUUUCCCAUGUGGUUUUUAUGUUUAAUAUUUAGGGGAGUAGAGCCAGUUAACAUUUAGGGAGUUAUCUGUUUUCAUCUUGAGGUGGCCAAUAUGGGGAUGUGGAAUUUUUAUACAAGUUAUAAAUGUUUGGCAUAGUACUUUUGGUACAUUGUGGCUUCACAAGGGCCAGUGUUAAAACUGCUUCCAUGGCUAAGCAAAGAAAACUGCCUCGUAUUGGUUUGUCCUGGUGGGGAAUAAAAGGGAUAAUUGGUUCCAGUCACAGGUGUAGCUGUGGGUACUUUAAGGUUUGGAGCACUUAUGAGGCUAUAGUAGAAAUAGAUAUCCCAUGGAUAUUACAUGUUAAACCAUGUGUUAUCUGUGGAAUACUCAAGUCUCGAUGUGCACGCCAUUGACUACAGCUACAGAAGUGUUCCUUUAGUUGUGACCCAAUUUACUCUGGAUAAGGGCAGAAACGGUUCACAUUCCAUUAUUUGUAAAGUUACCUGCUGUUUGCUUUCAUUAUUUUUGCUACACUCAUUUUAUUUGUAUUUAAAUGUUUUAGGCAACCUAAGAACAAAUGUACAAGUAAAGAUGCAGUAAAAAUGAAUUGCUUGAUAUUCAUUACUUCAUGUAUAUCAAGCGCAGCAGUAAAACAAAAAACCCAUGUAUUUAACAUUUUUUAGGUUUUUUUUUGCUUUUGUGGGGUUUUGUUUUGUUUUGUUUUUGUUUUGUUUUGGGGGUUUUUUUGGUUUUUUUUUUUUUUUUUGAUACUUGCCUAACAUGCAUGUGCUGUAAAAAUAGUUAACAGGGAAAUAACUUGAGAUGAUGGCUAGCUUUGUUUUAAUGUCUUAUGAGAUUUUCAUGAACAAUCCAAGCAUAAUUGUUAAGAACACGUGUAUUAAGUUCAUGUAAGUGGAAUAAAAGUUUUAUGAAUGGACUUUUCAA